CUAUUAUUGAUAAUAUAUGGUCCUACAUAUGACUAUAGUACAAUAAAACGCCAUCAAACGUCUAUUAUUGGUAAUUAAUUAAGUAAUUAACUUCUUUUUUUUGGGAUAAAAAUUAAAGAUCCUUGUUUCCUAAGAUGACUCGAUCUUUAGAAACUAAGAGAGAAUGAAACUAACACUAAAAUUCCUACAAAAAAAAAAUGAAAUCAACACCAAAAUUGCUGCUUUUACUUCUGUUUAUCAUAAAUCAUCAUGUUGAUUCGGGCUCUAUCGUCAAGUUUCUUCCCGGCUUUGAAGGCCCUCUUCCUUUCGAACUCGAAACCGGGUACAUUGGUAUUGGUGAGGAAGAGGAUGUGCAAUUGUUCUACUACUUUAUAAAGUCUGAGAGAAAUCCAAAAGAAGACCCUCUUCUUCUCUGGUUAAGUGGAGGACCUGGGUGUUCUUCUAUCACUGGCCUUCUUUUCGAGAAUGGACCCUUGGCUUUGAAGUCCAAGGUUUACAAUGGAAGUGUCCCUUCUUUGGUCUCCACUACAUAUUCGUGGACAAAGACGGCGAACAUAAUAUUCUUGGAUCAGCCUAUUGGAGCUGGCUUCUCCUACUCAAGAAUCCCACUUAUUGAUACGCCUAGUGACACAGGCGAAGUUAAGAAUAUCCAUGAGUUUCUCCAAAAGUGGUUAAGCAAGCAUCCACAGUUUUCUUCCAAUCCUUUCUAUGCUAGCGGAGAUUCUUAUUCCGGUAUGAUUGUUCCAGCCCUCGUUCAAGAAAUUUCGAAAGGAAAUUAUAUAUGUUGCAAACCUCCUAUAAAUCUACAGGGCUAUAUACUCGGGAACCCAAUAACAUAUUUUGAAGUCGACCAAAACUAUCGCAUUCCAUUUUCUCAUGGAAUGGCACUUAUUUCAGAUGAACUAUACGAGUCAAUUAGGAGAGACUGCAAAGGAAAUUAUUUCAACGUGGAUCCACGUAACACAAAAUGUUUGAAACUUGUUGAAGAAUACCAUAAGUGUACCGACGAACUAAAUGAAUUCAAUAUAUUAUCACCAGAUUGCGACACGACAUCUCCUGAUUGCUUUUUAUAUCCAUAUUAUCUCCUUGGCUACUGGAUCAACGACGAGAGCGUUCGCGAUGCUCUUCAUGUUAAUAAGAGCAGUAUUGGAAAAUGGGAGCGAUGUACUUAUCAAAAUAGAAUCCCAUACAACAAAGACAUCAAUAACAGCAUACCAUACCAUAUGAAUAACAGUAUUAGUGGCUACCGAUCUCUCAUCUACAGUGGUGAUCAUGAUUUGGUGGUUCCUUUCCUUGCAACUCAAGCCUGGAUAAAAUCUCUAAAUUACUCCAUCAUUCAUGAAUGGAGACCUUGGAUGAUUAAAGAUCAAAUCGCUGGAUACACGAGAACUUAUUCCAAUAAGAUGACAUUUGCUACUGUCAAAGGAAGUGGGCACACAGCAGAGUAUAAACCAAACGAGACUUUUAUCAUGUUUCAAAGGUGGAUUAGUGGUCAUGACCUUUAACUUAAAGGCUUUAAGUAUUUGGAAUACCCUCUUUUUGUUUAUAUUAUUGAAAAAUACCCUUUCUUUAUUUCUCUUUCAAAAACUAUUUUUAAAUAUGUAAAAUUACUUGAAUGACCUUACCUAAAUUUAAUAACAAUUAAUAUAAAAUAUUUAUAUUUAAUAUCAAAUCAAUUUAUUGGU